GGCUUUGCACCGCCCUACCCAUGACAGCAAGCUGAGUGAGUCGGGGCGAUACCGUUACGGAGAGCACUUCAAAGGCAAGAAGCGACUGUGGGAGCUUCGCUUCCGGUUUCAGCUCAAAAGGCCCUUGAGCCAGUCCGACCUCUUCUUCGGCGCGGAGCUCGAG